AUGGGCGGCUCUUACAAGGUCCACAUCCACCAGGCCUCGUCGAGAGGCCACUCUGUUGGCAGCUCCUCCCACUCCUCCAGCGCUGCUGCGUCUUCUUCAGCCGCCUCCACUCGCCAGUCUACGUCGUCAGGAACUCGCCGUGUGUACUCUGCCAACGGCUACACCUCCAAUGUAGUUGGGUCAUCCAACGGCGCUCUCGUUAUGAACCAUAACCAGACUGGCUAUGUGGCCAACUCUCCUAGCCCUGGCUACGGUGGUGCCUACUACACGAGAUGA